CCGGCGGGUGCAUGACCGCGGCCGAGCGGGGAGAGCGCGGCGGGGUUGGGGCGGCUGCCGGAGUGCGGAGCGCCGGGCGAGUAGCGCGGAUACUUGUGAAAGAUGGUGGAUCGCUUGGCAAACAGCGAGGCAAAUACCAGAAGAAUAAGUAUAGUGGAAAACUGCUUUGGAGCAGCUGGUCAGCCCUUGACUAUCCCUGGUCGCGUUCUCAUCGGAGAGGGAGUACUAACGAAGCUGUGUAGGAAGAAGCCCAAAGCGAGGCAGUUCUUCCUGUUCAAUGACAUUCUUGUUUAUGGUAAUAUUGUCAUCCAGAAGAAGAAAUACAAUAAACAGCACAUAAUCCCACUGGAAAAUGUCACCAUCGAUUCCAUCCAGGAUGAGGGAGACUUGCGGAAUGGGUGGCUCAUCAAGACGCCUACUAAGUCUUUUGCAGUUUAUGCUGCCACUGCUACAGAGAAGUCUGAAUGGAUGAACCAUAUAAAUAAGUGCGUUUCUGAUUUGCUUUCCAAGAGUGGGAAGACUCCUAGCAAUGAGCAUGCGGCUGUCUGGGUGCCAGACUCAGAAGCCACUGUCUGCAUGCGCUGUCAGAAAGCAAAAUUUACCCCCGUCAACCGUCGUCACCACUGUCGCAAGUGCGGCUUUGUCGUCUGUGGGCCUUGCUCUGAGAAGAGGUUCCUUCUCCCCAGCCAGUCUUCCAAGCCCGUGAGGAUUUGCGACUUCUGCUAUGAUCUUCUUUCUACUGGGGAGAUGACUGCUUGUCAGUCCACAAGAUCAGACUCCUACAGCCAGUCGCCUAAGUCUUCUUUAAAUGAUGCAUCUGAUGAUGAUGAUGAAGAAGACAGUAGUGAUUAAAGACCAAACGUUUGUGUUUCAGACCGUAUGGAGCUGCUUUUGGGGAAGCUUGUAGCAAGAUUCCCUGAAAAAAUCCUGUUCUAGCCAUAAAAUAUGCCUGAAUAUCUUCAAUUGCGAUGUGCCUCGAUCUAUGAGUUCUCUAGACAAUAGAUUUUUCACUCCUCUGCAGGGAUAGACUGUUGUAAAUGUUAUCAGAUUGUUUUCCAGUUUCUUAUACUUGAGUUAUGUCUAGGUUAGACUUCUGUGGAAGAUUGGAAAAUAGAAAGUACUUUCUUAAUUUCACAACCCACGCUUCCUAAUGUUUCAUAUCAAUAUGUUAUGUGGGGUUGGUUUUCUUUUUUUUUUGGUAUGGAGAGGGAAACUGUAAGCAUGCUUAGAACAGUGAUGUUUUGGUUAAUCCUGCAAACCAUCUGUUCUUUCUAAAUAUGGUAUGUGAUGAGUUGAAAUGUGACAUGAUUACAAACCUCAGUGUCACAGAACUUGGGAACUUUCUUGUUUUGCUCUUAUUUAUGACCUCCUAUGCCAAGCAGUGCCUUGUAACACUUGUGCUGAUUCAGGAAGAAACAAUCCUAUUUGGUGUUGUCUGUAUUCACCUGAUGCUGGUGUCUGAGAGAUUGUUGGUGCUAUAGAGAAUAACUGCUGUGUUCAAAGCAGAGCUCUCAGCUGCAUGCCUGAGGGGAACCGGAACUGGCUGAGGGGAACCGGACCCCACGCCCUCACUGCUCAGGCAGCCCCAAAGCUGCCCAACCCUGUGGGCUUCGAUGGGGUUCUCUCCAUAGGAGCUGUGCUGUGGGCUGGGACUUGGGGAUGAGAAGCUGAGAGUGACUUUUCACAGGGACAUCCACACUCUUUCUUCUCAGAGCAGGUUAGAAGUUUAAAAUCUGGCAAAUGCAUACUGAAAUUUUAGUGGGGCGAUAUAGCAUUUUGCUGUGAUAACUUAUAUUUUUGGAGUUAUUUCCCAAAUGCGACACUAACUUGUUUCUUAAAACAUUGAUGAGAGGGUUUUUUUUUUUUUCCACUUUCUUCCCAAAUCUUACUGGCUUUGUAUAAGAAUAACGUCAAAUCUUGAACAAGCAGCCUGCAAAUCUGCAUAUGAAAUUGGCUUUCCUUUGUACACAGCUGACCUCAGGAUACAUGUGAGAUGCAAGUUGUUUCCUUCUAAAUGUGUACCCAAGGACCAAGAAAGAUGUAUUUAAGAACUAUAAUAGUGCAGAAAAUGUCUCUACCAUAGUAUUCAUUUUUAUUCUUAAUUAUAAAUGUCAUGUUCCUAUGUAUAUGUAAAGGUUAGACUUGUAAAAACAUGUUAGCCCCUCUCCCCCAAAUUCUAUGUUUUUAUAUUUUUAUAAAGGUAAUGUCAAUUUUGAAGGGGUAAAAUAUCUUUGAAAUAGAUGUAUGAAUAUAAUAGCAACUGACUUUAUACAAAAAAAAGGUUAAACUUUUGUGUAUCUUUAAGUGACAGUUUCUGCACUGUUUGCCUUGGCUGGCAAUAAUUGGGUUAUAUAUUUAUUGAAUAAACAAUCAAUGCUGCAUAUUGCACUAGUCUCCCAUUUUUGUACACUGUAUGUCAGUUAAAAAAACAAAUUAGCAAAGCUCUUCAAAGCCAUCUCACUCAGUGAGAUUCCUGGUAGCUAACGAUGCGCUCUGCAUCUUCAGGGAGGCACUCUGCGUUAAUUGUCUGCAGUACUUCAGGUGAAAGUAAAGGGAUGGUUUUAGCUUGGGCAGUUUCUGCAAAUAACUCUUUAAAAGCACUGAAGAGCAUUUGAUCUGCUUUGCAAUAGACACAAAAAGGAGAAAACACGUUGAUAGAUGCUGGGGACCAGAAAGGUUAUGUAAGUUUGCCAGAUAAGCAAUGUACAGCUGUAUGUAUUUAAAGACUGAAAUAAAUAAUUACACAUGUUCACUCCUUGAAAGGCAGGGGAAUGGGAAAAUGGGCUAUUCUGAGAAGACACUUUGUGAUUACUUUCUGUAUCUGUCUUAAUCGGAAUGUUAAAAAGUUUCAGGAACAGAGACUUGUUUGCUUCAGUUUCUGUAUGGAUUCAGAAUGCAAACUUCCCUUGUACAUAUGUUCUAAUGGCUAACAGAAAUGCUCUUCCUGAUACGAUUGUUUUCCUUUUCUACGCUAUCAGACCUUGUUGAAGGUUCAAUCUUUCUGUGUAUUUUUUGUGUGUGUGUGUGUUCGUAUAUGUUGUGCUUACUGUCCAGCGCUUUGUGGGGAAAAGGAGUUGGGUCACAUCCUAUAUUCUGCAGAAUGUUCUUGUGUCUACUUCAAGUACCUUUUCUCUGUGAAUGAAACUUGCACUGAUCCCUGAAGCUGUAACCAAACCAAUGCUUUUUUGGGGGGGAGGGUUUUUUUUCAUUUUUCAUUUGAGAUUGGUGUAUGUGGUCCAAACUUUGUGAGGAAGUAUUAAAAAAGCAGUGUUCUGUGGUAAUAGCCAUAACCAUCAGUUUGCUUAAAACUUCACCAAACGGACUUGCCAUCAACUCCUCUUGUUACUUACAAACUCCGGAAAGGGCUUGUUUUGUUCUUUGUAAUCUUGUUCUGUCAGAUUGUUUUAUUUACAAAUAUAUGGUGUAGCUUCAA